AUGCAGCAAGCUCUAGAAGGAGCUUUGGAGCGUGCGGAGUAUGUCAUUGCAAGUGCCCAGCAGAGACCGCCGAAAAGGAAAUACUCAUCUAGUGGGGAAACGUCUCUCUAUGGAAAACUUUAUGCCAUUUAUGCCGAAGAAUGUGAAAAAGAGCCUGAGGUUACGGAGGAAUUAAGACGCAACGUGAACCUGUUAGAGAAGCUUGUUAGGAGGGAGUCGUUGCCGUGUUUGGUGGUCAACCUGUACCCAGGAAAGGAGGGCUAUUCUCUGGUGCUCAGGGAGGGAAAUGGAUCAUCUACAGAGAGCGUGCGGCUGCCCUAUGAAGCAGGGGAAUUGCUCGAAUACUUGGAUGCAGAAGAAUUACCUCCCGUUUUGGUGGAUCUCCUGGAAAAGUCUCAGGUUAACGUUUUUCAUCAUGGGUGUGUCAUAGCAGAAAUACGGGACUACCGGCAGUGCAGUGACAGGGAACGUCCCGGCUACCAAAGCAGGCAUAUCCUCUUACGUCCCACGAUGCAGACUUUAGCCUGCGAUGUGGAGGCCAUAGUGAGCGAUCACCAGAAUUGGACCCAGGAGGACAAACUUUUGCUUGAGAGCCAGCUGAUCUUAGCUACAGCUGAGCCACUGUGUCUAGACCCUUCUAUAUCAGUAGCCUGCACUGCAAACAGACUGCUCUAUGACAAGCAGAAGCUGAACACUCUUCCUAUGAAAAGGAGCUUCAAGAGGUUUUCUACGGCCUCUCUGAAUCGGCAGGAGGAGCUGUCUCAUUGUCCACCUCCUCCUGAACUCAGAGCCCUGACUUCUUGCAAAAAAAUAAGAGAAAGUAAAACAGGUGCGGAUUAUGGCCUCAAAACUUUUAAAGCAGGAAAUUGUGUAGAUUUGUGGAAACAGAGACCUUGUGACUUGGCUGUACCUUCCCGAGUGGACGUGGAGAAAUACGCUAAAGGGAAGAAGUCUGUCAGAUAUGGUGACCCACAACCAAGAGUCUGGCCAGUGCGUGAGGUACAAGGUGGUCUUGCAUUUGGAAGGGAGGCUGGCUACCAGCCCCAGGCAACAAGGCUGACCAUCAGGCAGCCGAUUGAUAAUUCGCUUGCCUCUGGAAAAGGGUCUGGUAAAGAAGUCACGUGGGAGACACAGCUGUGUCCCCCUCACUCCUCCACAGAUGAGCAUUCCAACAGUUUCCUGCGGAGGCCAAAGACUGAUGCUGGGAACAUGGUCAGUCGGCCAGAGGAAUUGGUCCAGAAGAGCGCCCGGUGUCCAGUGCUGAUGUCACACAGCUCCGGCGGCUCAGCUAGUCUCAGGCGGCAGCCGUCUCCAGGGAAAGAACCAGAAGAGCCUGAGACUGGGAGGGUUCAGUGUUCAGGUCGGGGCAGAGGAGCCAAACAUCUGCCUCCCCCUCUGAGACUUCCCUGGAGCUCAGCAAAGGUCUGCUGGGGUGACGGUUUCACUUCACAGCAAGCAGGCAGCUCUCAGGCAUGUCCAUCUCCAGGCCCUGCUCCUAAGCCACCAAGUCUUUCCCAGAAAUCCUCUGUGGGGCUGAACCGAGUUAGCUGGCUUCCUGCCGCCGCCCUGUCCCCGGCGGCCUCAUCGCAGAGGCCCCCGGACGCCCAGGUCACAGCCAUCUCCGCUGGCGUGAAGGUCCCCAGAGUGUUGGGGCCCCAGCCCCCGCGGGGGUCCAGCCAGGCCACCUGCCCGCAGGGGCUCGGCCACCGAACCCGCGGCCCGCCACCCCGCCACCUUCCUCUCCUCCUCCUCGUCCUCCUCCUUCGGGAGGGGUUCAGCUGCUUUUGA